UCUAUUAAUCCCGUAAACACCCGCCCAGAAGCCUCCAUCGAUUACGUACAAACGCUAAAUGCCCUACAAACAACUUCGCCAUCCGGGAAGAAAAUGGUAGAAGUUACGAUCGAUGGACAUCCUUUACACAUGGAGCUUGACACAGGAGCCCCAUGCGGUAUUAUUUCGGAAGCAAAGCUGAAAACAAUUAAAAAACAAUUCCGUUUACUUCCAUCCGAACGACAGUUUUCUAGCUAUUCAGGUCACAGCAUCACCUGUUUAGGACGUUUGCCAGUCAACGUAGCCAUGGGGUCUGCCAAUAGAAAACUAAACGUUUAUGUUGUUUCGGGAACAUCCGAGCCGUUAUUCGGUAGAGAAUGGAUCGCGCAGUUUUCAGAUCAGAUCGAUAUAAAUUCCAUGUUUGCUCCUAAUGUUUCUGUCCAAUCAGUCACUGACACAGAACCAUCAGCCAUUCAAAAAUCGAAACUCAAUGAUCUUUUGGAAAAUUUUCGAGAAGUUUUUAGCGAUACCCCUGGAAAGCUAAUUGGUCCUCCGGCAAAAGUACAUCUAAAGCCUGGCGCCACACCUAUUUUUUCUAAGGCUAGAGAGGUGCCACUUUCUCUGCGAGAGCGUUACGCAGCAGAAAUCAACAAAAAGAUUGCAGCAGGUUUUUACGAACGAGUUGACUACUCCGAAUGGGCUUCACCCACACACAUCGUUGUUAAAAAGAACGGGAUCAUCAGAAUUACGGGUAAUUACAAACCGACUGUUAAUCCUCGCAUGAUAGUCGAUGAACACCCCAUCCCGAAGGUCGAGGACAUUUUUAACAAACUCCAGGGAGCUGCCUUCUUUUGUCAUCUCGAUUUAACCGAUGCAUACACGCACCUUCCUAUAGACGAUGAUUUCAAGCACGUCCUUACGCUAAACACUGUUACACAUGGUUUCAUCCGACCGACCAGAGCAGUGUAUGGAGCCGCCAAUAUCCCAGCAAUAUGGCAAAGGCGUAUGGAAAGCGUUCUGCAAGACCUAAACAACGUGGUCAAUUUUUACGACGACACAAUCGUAGCCGCAGCCAAUUUCGACAACCUUCUCGAAACCCUCAAAGGUACACUGCAGAAACUGAAAGAUAACGGACUCCGGCUUAACCGAGCGAAAUGUGUAUUUGCCGUUCCUUCGUUAGAGUGUCUUGGUCACAAGAUCGAUCGCCAUGGGUUGCACAAAUCCGACAAACACAUUGCCGCAAUCCGUGAUGCUCCACGUCCAAACACCCCGGAAGAGCUGCAGCUUGAAUGACGACGCGGAUGAAGCCUACCAAGAUAUUAAGGAAGCGCUAAUCUCACCGCAAGUCUUGGUACAAUACGAUCCUACACUUCCCGUCAUCUUAGCCACGGAUGCCAGCAAAACCGGUUUGGGAGCCGUACUAUCACACCGAUUGUCUGACGGAACGGAACGCCCCAUAGCUUAUGC